AUGCUCUUCUGCUCUUGCCUCGUCCCACUCCUCCUUUGGGUCGCUGCCGCCGCCACCUCCAACCCCUCCAACCGGACGAUUGACGACCAGAAAGGAGAUGACGUGCUAGGGACCGUACCCGUCUACGCGCCCUCCAGCGCCUGGAAACAAGGCGCGACCUGCGAUGGCUGCUACCCCCUCAACACCGCGAACGUCCGCAACGGCACCUGGCACGAGGCGACGUACACCCCCGAUGAUACGCAGGAGCUCACCAUAACCGUCACCUUCACCGGUACCGCCGUGUACGUCUACAAUGUGCUCACCGACGCCGUACAGAACAAGACCCCGAUGUUCACCCGACUGACCUUCACUCUCGACGGCACCGAAAUUGGCGACUACACCCAUGGCCCCACCACCGACACGGACUUCGAGUAUAACGCGCUAACGUUCUCUUCAACCGGGUUCGUGAACGAGCCGCAUACAUUCGUCAUCUCCUCAGGCAACGAAGCCGCGUCAGUCAUACUGUUCGACUACAUUGUGUAUACGGCCGAGGAGAAUACACUACCCGACGCCACCACCACGUCCUCGCGCACGUCCACCUCGAACCCGACUACUUCCACGACCAACUCUGUCUCCAGUCCUUCAUCUUCACAAUCUCCCCCAUCGAGCACCGCCCCGGCCUCCUCCUCCCUCAACACCGCCGCGAUCGGCGGUGGAGUGGCGGGCGGAGUGGUCGCGAUCCUCGCGGCCGCGGCGCUGCUCUUCUUCCUCUGUCGACGGAACCGCAACCGCACUCCCGACACUGCCGUCGAAGACAUGCAGUACAGUGGAUCGAGGGCGGCGAGCACCCCCGGACUUGCCGGUGGCGGCCAUCCGACGACGCUUUCCGCGCCGUCCUCGUCCGGCGCAUACACUGGGGGUAACUCCGCCGCCGCCGCGGGCAGCGCCGGACCCAUCUACUCGCCGGUCUCGGCUGGUUCCACGGCGAACGUCUCAUCCUCGGGCGAUCCCUUCGCGUCGCCCUGCGACGCGCACCCCUCUCCUUCCACACUCUCGAAUUCAUCCUCCCGCCCCUCCACUGCCGGCAACGAGGCGCAGCCAACGUCCGCGCUGGGUCCCCACGCCCUCCGACCACUCCGUCGGAUACCUUCCGACGUGCCCGUCAGCCCCGGGGCCACGUUGUAUGCUGCCAGCCCUUUGCAGCCAAAUCGACUGUCGUCCGCCACGUCGAUGGCAGGCUCGCCCCGGCCGGGCACAGGUUCGGAAGCGUCAAGGCCGGAGUCAUCCACUACGUCGUCCACAAACAGCAGACCGCUCCGUGUCGUCCAGCCGCUCCCGAUACCACCCACCGAGAACGGGUUCCCGGCCGAAAAGGCGCAAUUCCCAGACGCUGCGGUCGUGCACAGCAUACCCGUACCCCCAAUACCCGAAGAGCCUCCGCGAUCGGCGUCUCCUGGAGCGAUGUCGACGGCGACAGGCAUCUCGACGCUUCGAACUCAAUUGCAGAUACUGCAGGAGGAGGUCGAGCGGUUGCGGGAGCAGCAGGAGCUGCAGCGGAUGAUGGACCUUCCCCCUACGUACAGUCAAUGA